AUGGGGACGCGCUGGGUGCUGCGCGCGGGCUGCGGCUGUAGCUGCAGCAGCUGCCGCGCACGGGGCGCUCCUGCGCGCCCCGCCGCUGCGCCCGUCUCCGGCCUGUCGGGGCGCCGCCGGCCGCUGCUGCGUGGGGCGGCGGCCGCGCAGAGCCGGGCCUGCAAGUGGCGGGUGGCGCGGACAGCGCUGCCCAGGCCGGCCGGGCCCGGGUUCGGGGCCUUGCGGGGCCCGCUGCUGCACCAGGCCCACCCGGGGCGGAGCUACGGCCAGGAUUCAAGUUCUUCAUUUCAAGAUGAGUAUCCUCCACUCUCAGAGUAUGAACCAACUCCAUCCAAGACAGGAGAGGAAGAUGAUGUGUUUCUUAUCCGAGCCCAAGGAUUGCCAUACUCUUGCACUGUUGAAGAUGUGCUUAGCUUUUUCGCUGACUGCAGGAUUCGAAAUGGUGAGAGUGGGAUACACUUCCUUUUAAACAGGGAUGGCAAACGCAGAGGAGAUGCUUUGAUUGAACUAGAGUCAGAACAGGAUGUGCAGAAUGCCUUAGAAAAGCACCGGAAAUAUAUGGGUCAGCGGUAUGUGGAAGUUUUUGAAAUACACAAUGAAGAUGUAGAUGCCAUAUUGAAGAGUCUGCAGUCCAGCUCAUCAUCCCCUGCAGUUAAUGAUGGAGUUGUACGCCUCAGAGGCCUUCCUUACAGUUGCACUGAAGCAGACAUUUCAGAGUUCUUUGCAGGUUUGGAUAUAGUUGGGAUGACUUUUGUCAUGGAUCAGAGAGGAAGAAGGAAAACAGGAGAAGCUUUUGUGCAGUUUGCAGCACCAGAAAUGGCAAAUCAAGCCUUGUUAAAGCAUAAGGAGGAAAUUGGGAACCGAUAUAUAGAAAUAUUCCCAAGUAGGAGGAGUGAAGUUCGAACCCAUAGCGGUUUGUACAGGGGGAAGAAGAUGAAUACUUAUCCAACUACUAAACUGAUAAAAGAAUCAGAAUCAGUCUUUGAAGAAGAUGAUUUGAGUCAGCCCCUAGGACUGACUGUAGCUUGUGAAAGUGGAAAAGAAAAUGAGUCUUAUAGAGAAGUGAUUGAAAAGCCUCGGGAUGCUUCAGAAUUUGGGAGUACCUCAUCAUCACCGCUGCAUUUUGUCCAUCUGAGAGGUCUGCCUUUCCAAGCUAGUGCCCAAGACAUUGUAAAUUUUUUUGCUCCACUGAAACCUGCAAGAAUCACCAUGGAAUAUAAUUCCAGUGGGAAAGCUACAGGAGAAGCAGAUGUACAUUUUGAGACUCAUGAAGAUGCAGUUGCUGCUAUGGCCAAGGAUAGGUCACACGUGCAGCAUAGAUAUAUUGAAUUAUUCCUGAAUUCAUCUCCAAAAAGAAAACAAGAUUGCUAGUGACAGUGGCACAAACCCAAACUAGGAUGAAGCAAGAACUCAUUUGCUUAUCAUUCUUGGAGCUAGAAUGCAGGUGCUCUUGUUCAGUAGCAAAGAAACCAUAAAUCAUUUUUUUCAAAGGCAAUUCAGUCUGUAUCUAAAAUUAUUCAGUAUGGGUUUGUGUAAUAAAGCGCACAA